AUGCGUUCACUUGCCCUCCUUUUUGUCGCGGUGUCCGUCACCUGGGCUGACUUUUCACCUCUCUCCAUGGAGAUGAUAACGGCUAUCAACAAGGCCAACACCACCUGGAAGGCAGGGCAGAACUUUCAAAAGGUUGAUAUCAGCUAUGUGAAGGGGCUGUGUGGUACCAUACUGAAUGCAGCCAACGCACCAAAAAUAGUUCACGACAUUGAAGGCAUAAAACUUCCAGACAGUUUUGACGCACGCCAGCAGUGGCCCAAGUGUCCCACUGUCAAGCAGAUCCGAGACCAGGGCUCCUGCGGGUCCUGCUGGGCCUUUGGGGCAGCUGAGGCAAUAUCGGACAGACUAUGCAUCCACAGUGGUGGGAAAAUCUCUGUGGAGAUCUCAGCAGAAGAUCUUCUCUCCUGCUGUGAUGAAUGCGGGAUGGGGUGUUUUGGUGGCUUUCCCUCCGCUGCUUGGGACUUCUGGGUAAAGACGGGCCUUGUGACCGGCGGCCUCUACAACUCCAAAGUGGGCUGCCGUCCAUACUCCCUGGCCCCGUGUGAGCAUCACGUCAAUGGAACGCGUCCUCUAUGUCAGGGCGAGGAGGACACUCCCAAAUGUGUGGAGCAGUGCAUUGACGGGUACUCGCUGUCUUAUCCCAAGGACAAGCACUUUGGAAGACGGGCGUAUAGCGUCUCUUCCAAGCAGGAGCAGAUCAUGAAGGAGCUUUACGCGAAUGGACCUGUGGAGGCUGCUUUCACUGUCUAUGCGGAUUUUCCUCUGUACAAGACUGGUGUGUACCAGCAUGUGACAGGGGAGAUGCUGGGGGGCCACGCCAUCAAGCUUCUAGGCUGGGGGCAGGAGGAUGGGACACCUUACUGGCUGGCAGCCAACUCCUGGAACAGUGACUGGGGGGACAAAGGUUUUUUCAAGAUCAAGCGUGGAAGUGAUGAAUGCGGGAUCGAGUCGGAGGUGGUGGCAGGAAUCCCGCUCAACUAGAUUUUGAGAGUGAAUAUUAAGCAUCAUGAGUUUAAAAGCAUGAAUUUAGGAUACUUUUGCAC